AUGAAAAUUUUGCUCAUUUCCCUUAUGUUCUUGAUCGGGACUGUUACUCCAGCCGAAAGCAAGUGCAAUGAAGAUGACCAGUCGUCGUUGAUCCGCUUGAAGCAAAGUCUUAACUUCAGUUCUUCUGCUUCCACCAAGCUUGUUACUUGGAAUGCAAGUAUCGACUGCUGUUUUUGGGUCGGAGUAAAUUGCAGUGCUAAUGGCUAUGCAGUUGGUCUGGACCUCAGCGAGGAACGGAUCCUAAGUGGGAUUGACAACUCCAGCAGUCUCUUCGAUCUUCAACAUCUUCAAAGCCUCAAAUUUGCUGAUAACGGUUAUCACCACUCUCAAAUUCCAUCUUCUAUCGGAAAGCUUGCAAAUUUAAGGUAUCUAAAUCUAUCCCAAAAUGUCUUUUUGGGGCAAAUCCCAAUUGAGAUUUCGCGCUUGACAAGGUUGAUUGUUCUUGAUCUUUCUGAAACUUACUUAAAACUUGAGAACCCCAAUUUAAGCAUGCUGAUUCGGAAUCUCACCGAGCUUGAAGUAUUAUAUCUUGAUUCGGUAAAAAUAUCAGGAAAAACGAGUGACUGGUGCCAAGUAAUAUCUUCUUCACUUCCAAAGCUGAGGGUGCUGAGCUUGUCCAACACUGAUCUUCUGGUACCUAUUGAUGACUCUCUUGCCAAGCUUUCAUCUCUAUCCGUGAUUCGAUUGGAUUCUAAUGCCAUAUCUACUCCGGUUUCAUCCUUCUUCGCCAAUUUUUCAAACUUGACUUCCUUGAGUCUUCAUGGAUGUCAGUUGUAUGGAACAUUUCCCCAAGAAAUCUUCCACAUAUCUAGACUACAGCAUAUUGACUUGUCCUUCAAUCCGCUGCUUCAAGGUUCCUUACCAGAAUUUCCGAACAACGGAUCUCUUCAAACUCUGGACUUGAGCCGCACAAAUUUUUCGGGGUUAUUGCCGGACUCUAUUGGCAACCUCAAAAUGUUGUCCAUGAUAGAUCUCUCAUUCUGCAAUUUCUAUGGAUCAAUCCCAAAGUCAAUAGAAAAUCUCAGACACUUGUAUGAUUUAGACAUGUCAGAGAACAAGUUCAGCGGUUCCAUUAAUUCCACUCAUUGGGAAAACCUUGUCGAGUUGAUGUUUGUCAGCUUGAGCUUGUUCAUUGAUCGUACCGGUAUCAAUUCCUCGUAUUCAUCCUUGCCUCGAUUGGUUACAGUGAUUUUAAGUUCUACCAAGCUGAGAACAUUUCCUGAUUUCUUGAAAUAUCUACCCAAUUUAGGCACCUUGGAUCUUGCAGAAAAUCAAAUUCAUGGAGAGAUACCAAACUGGAUAUGGGGGCUCAAAUUUCUUCAUUAUCUAAAUAUUUCAUGCAACUCCCUGGCAAGUUUUAGUCCUUUACCCAAUCUCACUUCUGCUCUAAGUGUGCUCGACCUUCACUCUAACCAGCUUCAAGGACAAAUCCCAGUUUUCUCAGCACCUACAAUGUGGAUUUUGGAUUACUCCAGAAAUAAUUUGAGCUCUACCAUACCGACUAACAUUGGUGAGUUCUUGACGACCACCAAACUCGUCUCACUUUCAAGCAAUAACCUCCAUGGCAUCAUUCCGAGAUCGUUGUGCAAUCUGUCAACUCUUGAGAUUCUUGAUCUGUCCAAUAAUUCACUCAGUGGUAUGAUUCCUCAGUGCUUGACUACAAUGAAGACGCUUGCAGUGCUUAAUUUUCGGAGAAACAACCUUACAGAGAACAUUUCUUACAAAUUUGAUGAGCAUUGCAAUUUAGAAACUCUAGACCUCAGUGGAAAUCAAAUCAAAGGCCUGCUUCCAAAAUCUCUAGUCAGCUGCACAAAAUUAGUGGUAUUAAACCUUGGAUACAAUCAGAUAAUGGAUACUUUUCCCUGCUAUUUGAAGAGCAUUUCCACCUUGCGAGUCCUUGUUCUCCGAUCCAAUAAAUUCUACGGAGGCAUUGGAUGUCCGAGUACCAAUGGCACCUGGCCAGUGCUUCAAAUCAUAGAUGUAGCUCACAACAAUUUCAAUGGCGAACUACCUGGAGGAUUGUUGACAACAUGGAAAGCUAUGAAGGAUAACAAAGCUGAUGCAAAUCACCUUCAGUAUGAGAACAGAGCCGGUUACGGUAUUUACUAUCAGGACUCAGUAACAAUUGUGAGCAAAGAUUUGACGAUGGACCUGGUAAAGAUUCUAACUAUCUUCACCGCAAUCGACUUCUCUGGCAAUAAAUUCCAUGGACAAAUACCUGAAGAAAUUGGAGAACUCAAAUCAUUGUAUAUUCUCAACUUCUCCAACAAUGCUUUCACAGGUGAAAUUCCAUCAUCAUUGAGUAACUUGGGAAACCUGGAGUCUUUAGAUCUCUCAGUGAACAACCUGAGUGGGCAGAUUCCACCAGAAUUUUCCAAACUCCAUUUCCUCGCAUUCAUGAACCUCUCAACCAAUCACUUGGUUGGCAAGAUCCCAAGCAGCACUCAGUUUUCAACAUUUCCAAAAUCUUCCUUCGAAGGUAACACGGAUUUAUGGGGGCCUCCUUUGACAGCAUAUGACAGACCACCGAUGUCGUCGCCACCAAUGUCAAAUGGAAGCGAUCCGAAUUAUGGCGGUGAGAUUAAUUGGGAUAUUCUGAGUGCUGAAAUUGGAUAUUUUGUCGGCCUUGGAUUUGUCAUCGGGUCACUGAUGUUUUGCGAGGGAUGGAGGAACUGGUAUUACGAGGCUUUGGAGAACAUGUUCUUUAAGAUGCUCCCUCAUCUGGACAAAAGAAAUGGAUUCCAGAUGUUCUUUUAG